AUGAAACUCUUGAUACUUUUGAGUGUUUGUUUCUGGCCACUGCAGAGUGAAUGUGGAUAUCCAGAUGAUAAUUCCUAUGUCAAGAAUAUAUACUGGUGGAAGGAUGUAAACUUUGAAAAUUUACCCUUAAAAGAGGAUGCGUACAUCGGAAAGUACCCCUAUUACAUCCCAACCAAUAAUAAUAUUUUGGGAGUUUCUUACCAUGCUCAGAGUGGCCUGAUGUUUGCAUGCAUUGGAAGACUUAGAGAAGGUAUUCCUUCAACACUCAAUGCUUUUUGCAUAAGUGACUACUCCAAAGGUACUAGUCCUUAUAUCUGGGGCUUUCCGAACUACGAGGUCAACACGUUGAAGGCAUCAGAUUACGAUUAUGAAAAACAGCCAAGCUCUUACUAUCAAAAGGACCUCCGUAUCAUUUCGACGUAUCAUCCAACAAUUGAUGAUAGUUGCAAUAGGGCGUACGUUGUUGAUACAGGAGUUGUAAGGGCUAAGGAUGGUAAACGGUAUCAAGUGCAAAACCCCGCAAUAGUUGUCUUUGAACUACCAUCAAAUGGUUGCGUUUCGAGAAAUUUCCCAGUGAUUGUUAGAGUAGAGAUUCCAGAUAGUCUCUGGUACGAUUCUCUGGGAUUCGUGUACUUGACCAUAGAUCAUCAAACCAAGAAGGGUGGAUGUGACAAUCCAAUGCUAUAUAUAACGAAUAUUGUGGAUCGAUCUAUAAUAGUCUAUGACUAUAGUAAGAAUGAAUUUUGGAAAUUUGACAACCAUCCAUCUUUUGAUCCAGUUGAAAGUGAAACUUAUCUUGGGGACUAUCAGAUACGCUAUGGUGUUCUGAGCAUGACUCUUGGGUGGCCGGAUAAAAAGGGUAAUCGGAUUGUUUACUAUGCACCAGGAUCGACUCUUGCAUCCUACGCAACUACCACAAAAACCCUAAGGAAUCAAAAGAAAUCAUCAAGUACCCACGCUGAUGGGGAGUUCCGGAUGGUAGGGUACCAUGGGUGUGAUGGACAAAUUCAUCGUCAGUUCCUGGAUCUCAAUUGUGGUGUAAUGUUUUUCGCACAAAUGAAUUCGGGAGCUGUGAAAUGUUGGAAUGUAGCCAAACCCUUCAAUCCCAACUACAUAGGCGUGGUUUAUAAAUCCGACGAUCAAGAAUUAUUUACAGAUAUCCAAGUGGAUUCAGAAGGAUACCUCUGGAUGCACUCAUGCAAGGUCAAUGUGAUAUUUGGAUCGACGGAGGAUUUAGACCUGAGCGAGUACAAUUCCAGGACGCAUAGGGUUAAGGUAAUUGAUGCCAUUAAGGGGACCGUUUGCGAGAAUGAUUAUGGAAUUGGAGAUGAAAUAACCUGGCAGUACAUGGCACAUUAA